UUAGGCUUCGCCUAUUACAGUCUGGGAGAUUUCCGGAAAGCCAUAAAGUACCUUGAACGAUACCUCAAAAUUUUGAAAGAAGUGGGAGACAGGGCAGGAGAAGGAAAAGCGUACGGUAAUCUUGGCAACGCCUAUCACAGUCUUGGAGAUUUCCAGAAAGCCAUAGAGUACUAUGAACUACGCCUCAAAAUUUCGAAAGAGGUGGGAAACAAGGCAGAAGAAGGAAGAGCGUACUGUAAUCUUGGCAACGCCUAUUACAAUCUUGGAGAUUUCCAGAAUGCCAUAGAGUACUAUGAACUACGCCUCAAAAUUUCGAAAGAAGUGGGAGACAGGGCAGGAGAAGGAAAAGCGUACGGUGAUCUUGGCGACGCCUAUAGAAAUCUUGGAGAUUUCCAGAAAGCCAUAGAGUACCAGGAAGGACACCUCAAAAUUUUGAAAGAAGUGGGAGACAGGGCAGGAGAAGGAAGGGCGUACGGUAAUCUUGGCGUCGCCUUUAAAAAUCUCGGAGAUUUCCUGAAAGCUGUAGAGUACCAUGAACAACACCUCAAAAUUUCGAAAGAAGUGGGAGACAAAUCAGAAGAAGGAAAAGCGUACGGUAAUCUUGGCGUCGCCUUUAAAAAUCUCGGAGAUUUCCAGAAAGCCAUAGAGUACCAUGAACGAUACCUCAAAAUUUCGAAAGAAUUAGGAGACAGGGCAGUAGAAGGAAGAGCGUACGGUAAUCUUGGCGACGCCUUUACAAAUCUCGGAGAUUUCCAGAAAGCCAUAGAAUAUCAUGAACGACACCUCAAAAUUUCGAAAGAAGUGGGGGACAGGGCAGGAGAAGGAGACGCGUACGGUAAUCUUGGCAUCGCCUUUACAAAUCUCGGAGAUUUCCAGAAAGCCAUAGAGUACCAUGAACGACACCUCAAAAUUUCGAAAGAAGUGUGGGACAGGGCAGGAGAAGGAAGCGCGUACGGUAAUCUUGGCAUCGCCUUUACAAAUCUCGGAGAUUUCCGGAAAGCCAUAGAGUACCAUGAACGAGACCUCAAAAUUACGAAAAAAUUGGGGGACAGGACAGGAGAAGCAGGCGCGUACGGUAAUCUUGGCAACGCCUAUCACAGUCUUGGAGAGUUCCAGAUAGCCAUAGAGUACCAUGAACGACACCUCAAAAUUUGGAAAGAAGUGGGAAACAGGGCACGAGAAGGAAAAGCGUACUCUAAUCUUGGCAACGCCUAUCACAGCCUUGGAGAUUUCCAGAAAGCCAUAGAGUACUAUGAACGACACCUCAAAAUUUCGAAAGAAGUGGGAGCCAAAUCAGGAGAAGGAAAAGCGUACUCCCAUCUUGGCAGCGCCUAUUACAAACUUGGAUAUUUCCAGAAAGCCAUGGAGUACCAUGAACGACACCUCAAAAUUUCGAAAGAAUUGGGAGACAGGGCAGGAGAAGGAGGCGCGUACGGAAAUCUUGGCAACGCCUAUCACAGUCUUGGAGAUCUCCAGAAAGCCAUAGAGUACCAUGAACGAGACCUCAAAAUUUCGAAAGAAGUGGGAGACAGGGCCGGAGAAGGAAUCGCGUACGGUAAUCUUGGCAACGUCUACCACAGUCUUGGAGAUUUCCAGAAAGCCAUAGAGUACAAUGAACGACACCUCAAAAUUUCGAAUGAAGUGGGAGACAGGGCAGGAGAAGGAAGCGCGUGCGGUAAUCUUGGCAACGCCUAUGACAGUCUUGGAGAUUUCCAGAAAGCCAUAGAGUACCAUGAACGAGAGCUCCAAAUUUGGACAAAAGUCGGAAACAAAUCAGGAGAAGGAGACGCGUACUCUCAUCUUGCCAGCGCCUAUUUUGGUCUUGGAGAUUUCCAGAAAGCCAUAGAGUACCAUGGACGACACCUCAAAAUUUCGACAGAAGUGGGAGACAGAGCAGGAGAAGGAAGCGCGUACGGUAAUCUUGGCAUCGCCUAUCACAGUCUUGGAGAUUUCCAGACAGCCAUAGAGUACCAUGAACGACAGCUGAAAAUUUCGAAAGAAGUGGGAGACAAAUCAGGAGAAGGAAGCGCGUACGGUAAUCUUGGCAUCGCCUAUCGCAAUCUCGGAGUUUUCCAGAAAGCCGUAGAGUACCAUAAACGACAGCUCAGAAUUAUGAAAGAAGUGGAAGACAGGGUAGGAAAAGGAAGAGCGUACGGUAAUCUUGGCAACGCCUUUUUUAAUCUAGGAGAUUUUCAGAAAGCCAUAGAGUACCAUGAACGACACCUCAAUAUUACGAAAGAAGUGGGAGACAGGGCAGGAGAAGGAAAAGCGUACUGUAAUCUUGGCAACGCCUAUUACAGUCUUGGAGAUUUCCAGAAAGCCAUAGAGUACCAUGAACGAGACCUCAAAAUUUCGAAAGAAGUGGGAGACAGGGCAGGAGAAGGAAGAGCGUACGGUAAUCUUGGCAACACCUAUAGAAAUCUUGGAGAUUUCCAGAAAGCCAUAGAGUACCAUGAACGAGACCUCAAAAUUUUGAAAGAAGUGGGAGACAGGGCAGGAGAAGGAAGGGCGUACGGUAAACUUGGCAUCGUCUAUCACAGCCUUGGAGAGUUCCAGAAAGCUGUUCAGUAUUAUAAGAACAGUGUGAUAGCCUUUGAGCACAUUAGGGGAAAUCUCAUAUCUGAAGACGAAUGGAAGAUUGGCCUUAAAAGUACGUAUGAUCAAUCUAAUUUGAGGCUGUGGGAGCUGCAGCUUAAUUUAGGUAAAGUCAUCGAGGCACUUUUAACUGCUGAUCAAGGACGUGCACAAGCUUUGAACGAUCUUCUGGAGUUCAAGUAUGGCCUUAAAGGGUUACGCCCUGAAAUAGGAACACUUUGUGCAAGACCAAGUGACUUUGCUAGUUACUUACCACCAAAUACAGCUUUCAUGGGUGUCAGCGAGGGAGGAAUAGUUCUUUGGGUGAACGAGAAAGAAAAAGAAAUCAAAACUAGAAGAACUGAGAUCGAUAUCCCCGUCACAACCUAUUUUCAGUUUCUGCUGGAAACUACACAUAAAGAAAUAGGUGUGAGAGCUGAUGUUAACUGUGAAGAUCGCUCAUUAAGUAACCCAAGCGAUAAAAAGUUAGCAGAAGAAAGAUCCAGUGAGGCGAAGUCUCGUCCUCCAUAUUUACAGACAAAGUCUUUACAAAUAUUGUACAAUGUUGUUAUAGACCCUAUAAGAGACUUACUUCAGGGUGAUGAGGUUGUGAUUGUUCCACAAGGACCUCUGUGUUUGGCUCCUUAUGCUGCUUUCAUGGACUUGAAAUCAAAGUACCUCUGCGAAACGUUUAGAAUUCGUCUGCUUCCCUCACUUUCUAGUCUUCGAUUAAUCCAAAAUUGUCCAGCAGAUUGGCACAGUAAGACUGGCGCCCUUCUUGUCGGCGAUCCGUGGGUACAGGAGGUAGUUUAUGAAGGAAUGAGGCUGGAGCAGUUAGAGUGGGCCGAAAAGGAAGUGCAGAUGAUUGGGGAAAUAAUUCAAACUAAACCUCUCGUUGGAAAGCAGGCAACAAAAGAUGAAGUCUUAACACGUUUCUCCUCGGUUGCUUUGGUGCACAUUGCUGCUCACGGUAAAAUGGAAACAGGAGAAAUUGCCUUGACCCCUAACAUAACACGUUUAUCCUUGAAUCCAGCCAGAGAGGACUAUCUCUUAACUAUGCAAGAUGUUUUAAAGGCGCAGAUUAGGGCAAGACUUGUUGUACUCAGUUGCUGUCACAGUGCGCGGGGAGAAGUCAAGUCUGAGGGUGUGGUCGGCAUUGCAAGGGCAUUUUUGGGUGCUGGUGCUCGCUCUGUUCUGGUGUCGCUGUGGGCGAUCGACGACGAAGCUACUAUGGAGUUCAUGAAAGUUUUCUACCAACAACUAGUCCAUGGACGAAGUGCCAGUGAGGCCUUGAAUAAAGCCAUGAAAUCCAUGAGAGAAUCUGAGCGCUUUAGUGCAGUGAAGUACUGGGCGCCGUUUGUUCUCAUUGGUGAUGACGUAACGCUUGAGUUUGAAGGCAAGGUAUUUUGAGACAUAUUUAAACCUGGGAUCAUAAUUCCUGUUUUUGCAAACGUCAUUUUAACUACCAAUUACUUUUGUCGCUUCACUAGGCAACGAAAUCAACCCGUGCCAAUUAAUUAGAAUCAAUCUGCCAGUCACUAGUCAAGUUCACCAGAACAACGACGGAGUCUGACUUUGGUAGUUUGUUUGGCAGUUAAAUAACACUACAAAAUUUAUUUCAGGUCUCAUGGAUUGAUUUUAUUUCUUUUCAAUGUGUCGGUGGCCCCGUUUGAGUUCGUUCCAUUGACACUUACAGUCGAACCUGACGUAAGCGACGACCUAAAAUGCCAAGAUCAGAUUUCCGGUCGCUUGUUUUACGGAAGGUGGUCGCUUAGGAAAGUCUCCAGAUAUGCACGGCAGGUUAAUUCUCUAUUAAGCCUUCCGGGAAUUUAUUUAUUUCAAGGACGUUUGAAAGAGAACCUUAUUUUAUUAAACGAAGAUUGUGGUAUAAAUAAAAUAUGUUCAUAAAGAACUAGAACGCUAAGUGGAAAAGUUCAGGCACAUGAAGUAGGAGAUCAUGAAGCCGAAGAUCAAAAUCAAAUCCGAACUUCAAGCUCACGAAUAAACCAUACAGGCUGAUCAGUCCUCAUGAAGCGUUACAGUCGUGAUAAAUCAAUACAUACAUGAUACGUCUAUUAUUAAAAUAUAAGAAUUGGCAGAAGGGGCUUGAAAGAGAGAGGGGGUUUAAUAGCUUUCUUUCCCUAAAAGGGGGAGGUUAUUAUAGAGGGGGGGGCUUAAUAGAGGAUUUUUGGUAUGCAAGAUUCUUUAAAUCUACAAUAAGUCUAAUCAUUGGUUGAAGUUACCAGUUUAAAUGUGACCCUUUGUUCUAAUAGAUUUAGCGCGUGUUCGAUUCACCGUAUUCCGCGUCUCAAAUAAAAAUAACUGGAAUAAACUCCCUAGAAAUCACUUGUUUUGCCUUUCAUUGUAUUGCAAUAUCUAAAAAAUUGCUUGAAAUAGAGUAUUCUGAACUAUGAAAGCUUUAAAUGGUUCAAAUAUUUUGGUAUGGAAGAGGUCUGUAACAAAACUUUGCGUAUUCUUAUUCUGGAAUAUGAUCAAUCGAGCGCACUCUUAGAAGUCAGUUGUCAAAAUGAUAUGCCUCGCUUGUUGAAAUCACUAUCCUUUUCUUCUGCUAGCUUGCUAACAUUCCUUUUUCUGUUUUUUGUUGUUGUUGUUGUUUUUGUUGUUGUUGUCGUUGCUGUUGUUGUAUAGGUGUGAGGAAGAAUGCAGUGAAGCAGUUCCUAACCAUAUGAAGUUGAUGUCAUUUUCUGAUUUGUCACGAUCACGAGGCGGAGCGUUUCUAGCAAGAUUUGGAACUCUUAAUCGCGAAAAGAAAAUUAUAUGCUGUUAAUAAAUAAGUUGGAGCCUUUCGUAGACUGGAAAUUACAGUGCACGCGUUUCGUAGCUUAUUUUGUGACAGUUGUUUCCACAUUCAACUUGUUUUAUAGUCACCUGAAAUAUAUCAGGAAUCAGUAGUCAGUUUCGGCUAUUUUCAUUGUUAUACGAUAUGUGACAGAAGCAUUUUUGAACGUGUUAAUUUAAUUUAGUAAAAUCCAACUAGUGGUCUAUUAUCAAUGCUGCGUUCUGAUUGGUGGAGCUACUACUAGACUCUAUGUUAUAGCCCACUAGAAGCGAAAAGCGCGGGCUUUUUGGCGGCAAAAAAAGAUUAAAGUCUAGCUUUAACUAGCUAAAUUUUUUUUUAUUCUAUUGACUCAGAGCCCAUUCGGGCUCAAGGAAUAAUUGUUAAUAGAAUAGUUAAUACAGUUAGUAUAGUUUUUUUCAUUGUUUUUUAAUAUAGUUUUUUUACGGUUUUAUCGCAUCAUUUACACAACUGUAUUUACUAAUUGUUUUUGCAGAUCGGUUGAAGUUUAUUAGUGUUUAGAAAGGUCUCCAAUCUUAUACUGAAGUCAAAUUCCCAGUUCAGUUAGUAGGUUAAAUCACUAAAAUGUAGUUUUACAUUUACUCGUCCUUUUGAUAUGCGUAAGGAUUGCUAUUUCAUAGCCGAGGCGUACUCGCGUACGUUGUUUUUACAAUCUGAUUUCUCUAGUCGACCCUUUAAUUUUUAUCUGAAAGUUUCAGUGAGGCCUUUUACUGUAACCCCUUUUCAUGUCACACAGUUCAUUUGUUUGUUUUCGUAUAAAUACAAGUACACUCAACUCUCUCGUAAGCGACCAGUCUUGGUGCACGACAAAGUGGUCGCUUACGGGAGGUGGUCGUCUACGGGAAAAAUCAAGAAAAAAAACCUCAAACUGAACCGAUAAACGUAAUAAAUAAAGUUAUUAUCUUACAAGUAAAAAUGUGGCAAAUAGAGAACUGCUAAUAAUGUUUAACUCGAAUAGCGGUUGGAACUGAUGAAACUUUGUACGUAACAUUAUGCAUGAAUGCGACAAUCCACUUUUUUACCUACAGAUCGCAUUACAGACAUCUUUUUUGUAAGUCAACUGCUAUAAUCUGUCAGCCAACUUGGUCAGCACUAUUCAAAAAUGAACUUUUGUGACAUUCGAGCAACGGUUUUGUUACAAUCAUACGUGAUCAUGCCCGGUGGUGGCUUACCGGAAACAAAAAUAUGUCAAAUUUCUGACCCAAAAAGUGGUCGCGGUCGUUUAAGAAAUUUAUGUAGUGGUCGCUUACGAAAGGGUUUUUGAAACAGUGUUUGACUGAGAAAUACUACAUAAUUCAGUUUCCCCAUGUUUGUUACAAAAUAAAAAUGAAGUUUAGAGUGCAAACAGAAUUUCUGUCAAUAUCAUAUACCCCGAAGGGACAGGUAAAUAACUUGCUUGUAUUUCAAUUGUGAGGUUUCCUAAAGCAAAAAGCUCUUAAGGUAAUUCCCUUGUUUUCGGCACUGCGCAUCACUCAGCACAUAAUGUUGCGACUUCAAAGGUGGCGUUGAUUUUCACUGGUCGGCUAAAAAGAAGUAGCUAUGGCUCUUUUUGCAGUCCAAAUGCUUUAACUAGCAAUUUUGAUUAUUCUACCUGGUUAAAGAGAUGUUUGUGUUGAAACUCGCCCCAGUCCUCUCGCGCAAAAUGAUCGUUUGAAGCCGAAAUAAUCCCUUUGUUGUCGUUUUGCUAUGAAACGGGACAGGUGACCCCCUUUCUAUUUGUGUUUUUUACUCGCUAUGACCACACAAAAAAUAUCUAUUCGGGAAGAAGAAAUCUGGAUAGUAGAAGAUGUUUUGUUUUAGAUAUGAAUGACGCAAAUUUCCGGAUUUAGAUCCACGGAUGAACGAGAUAAUGAUAAAACUGUCCAUUUCUCUACAGUUUUUUCAAGAUCCGGUAAUUAAAGGUCUCGUAACUGAAAAAAUAUUACCCAGACAAACAAACGUGCUUAAAGUUUUGGAAAGAUUCAUAGUUUUUGGCUAUAAAGUAAGAAUUUUUGACGGCUGGUUUCGAACAUUUCGCGUGCAACAAGGAAAAAAUAGUCAGUAUUAUGGGUGCACAGGGCGAAAACAAGCACCUUGACCCCAUCUUUUUAUUGCAGUUUUCCAAUGCCCUAUACAUGGCUGACAUUUGUGCCAAGUUUGAAAAAAAUCAUGAUUGUUCAUCAUUUUCGUUCAAGGGAAGUUACUGCUUAUUCCCAAGAGACUCGAAUUGUUUGAGGUUGAAUUCUAAAAUAUGGAAAUUGGUCAAUUCGUAUGGAGUGGUCAAACAGACGUUUUACCAGAAAGAGAUGAGUAACUCAGCGGAAUACUAUUCUUAACGUUAAAACAGAGUUGUUUUGGAAACUCUUUCGGACCUCCCAUCGCGACAAAGUUUUGUGACAGUCGUCCAUCGAGUCACAUUGCAAACAAGGACGUUCGCGGGUAAACUUUGGAGAUGUAAUGUUAAAUUCGUUUCAAAGUGACGCGGCCGGUGAUGCAAAUAACUAGUUUGCGCUAUGACAACAGCCGACGAAGAAAGUGAAGUCCAAGAAAAUGUGGUAAGUACAUUAAAUCGAAAAAUUCUGACGUGUGUAGUUUUAGUUAGCCUGCAUAACAGACGCUUUAUGAGCCAAGCGAGGCGAACGCGGCAUUUUGCGCGAAAUCCCGCGUUCGCCUCGCAAGUUUUAUUGGGAUGGUUAAACAUGUUGAGGGGAAUAUGAGCAGGGGAAUGGAAAAAUAUAUUGCAUUGUUCUGUUAUUGUUAUCAGCUACUAGUUGUUUCAGCCCCAUACCCCGCCUCUAUUACAAUCAAAGCCGCCACCAACCUUUCAGACAGUGAAUAAUACUGUAAGGGAUUAUGUAACAUAUUCCCCUAAAAAGAACUGAGAAAAAUGAGCAAAGGGAAAAUAAUUGCUGUAAAUACACUGUCUUUAAAAUAUGAAUAAAUAAGAAAACCAGAACGUGUUCUGGAAUUUUUCACAGCCAUUAAAUACAUAUGUUAUCAUUUGUUUGGGCUAUUUUACAGAUCGAAAAUAUAGACAGAUUUUCCUACCCUUUCAUUUACUUCAACUAGUGAAAUCCCUUCUCUUUCAUAUACCUGAAGCCUGAAAAAGAUACCCCUUUCUGGAGGAGUCUUCCCUUACACUGGAAGUACCCAACUCACCACUAAUAUUGGGAUGUAGAUCGUAAUAAGAAGACCACGAGAAACCGCCUCUGAAUCAUCUCAGUAAAAACUUGCAAUUGCCUUUGUAACGCAGCCAUUCAGAGGAGCAUAAAUUUGAAAUGAUAGGUCAUUUACAACAGAUGGUACAUGACACACAUGGGUUUUACAGUAAAAUCAUUAACGAAAUAGGAAACGUUAGCGUCUUGCUGCUAAGAUUACCCCUAAAAACGCACAUUUGAUCACUUUGUCUGAUAAAAAAAGUGGAACAAUGCUAUUUAAGGCCUUAAAAUUGGGUUUUGUAGAAAAAAGAGGACAAUCAGGUCCUUUGUCAGUUGUCAGUAAAACUCAAGGUAAAUGUCAGUAGUCAGUUAAUUUUCGGCUAUUUGUCAGAUAUCAGUUAAAAUUUUGGCCAUUUGUCAGUUCUCAGUUAACCCCAUCCAGACCCUCUUUGUGUCUUUUUUUAGAGAAGGGACUACCUAUAUAGAGAUUCAAAUAAAUGUACUGAAACAAAGCAUUCCCCGCCCCUCCCAUUUUCUCAGGGAGACUCCCUGGGAACGAGGUUAAAGCGGGGACCUCCUUCUUGAGUCCGUUGUAGGGCGGUGGCCGUUAAGAGACUAGGAACUAUAUUGCCGCCAGAUCACAGAAAACUUCAAAUCUCUGAGAGAACAAAGACAUCCUAGAGGGGAAGAGGUUAGGGCUUAAAUUCUUCAACAGAAAGAAAACAUUAGACCGUGAUUUUACCAGCAUUGUAGGAGAUGCUCGUAAGAUGUUUCACGGACCCUUGGCACUGCAACCAGCAACAAAAACCAGAUUUUUUUGUUUCCUCCUGACGCUGAACGUUUAAAAAUUGGGCGAUAACGACAUUUGAUUACAACUAGUGGAAUCCUUCAGUAAUUUGGGGUUACAUUUAUCUGAGGAACUGCUCCUAGUGAAGCCAGCAUUCGGUACUGGCUACCAAACAAUACUUUAAAGUAGCAUAAAGCUGUUAAGUGUAACGGAAGAACCCAUCUCCGUUCCACAUCUUCACCUCCGAUUGUUUAAGAUAUCAAUAUUGAUAUAUCAAACAGAACUAUCAAGGAGAUCCCAUACCGGGGGGAGAAAAAGUCCGAGCCGAGCUGUUUACUUACUGAAGGGAGAGGAUCCUCUCUUGCUUACUGAUGAGCACGGAUAGCGAGAAUUUGUCUCGCCUGCAUAGCAGGCGACAAAAGGGUAGCCUAUGAACAGGCUUUCUGUUUGGGGAAAGUGUGGUCUCAAAAAAUCACGAGGUUUUUUUUCACCCUUUUCCCCAAACGGAGAGCCUGUUCAAAGGCUAACAAAAAGGGGGAAGGGAUUGGGAGCAAGGGGGGAAGGGAGGGGAGGGUAAUUUUAUUCCAUGGGAUUAGUACAGGAUUAAAACUGGUAAACUGCGUCAAUCUCAUGUAAUGCGGAAAUCUGUUAGUACCUUGAUAAAAUUAUAGCGGAUCAGUAGAAAAUUGGGAGGAGUUGAGGGAAACCUAUCUUUCGUAAUACUACCACUGAAAUUUGUCAGAAGUCUGGUUGUCAAAAAAGUCUCAGGGGUAGAGUAUAUGACAACACAUCUGCGACAAUAAACAUUCCAUUUUACUUCAAAUCACACACAAAAUGCGAGUCUUGUUAAAGGUCACACAAGAGGCAUAUCUGGCAGUGUAAGGAGAAAAACAGGAAGUCUAAGAUUAACGUCCUCACUGAAAGAUUCCGUCAGUCUACAGAAUUGGUUAUAAGAGCUCUAGCUUGAGAGCCUUUUGUUAUUUCUUUCGAGAAAUAUUAUUUGUAUAUUAGACUUAACGUGACUUCUCGUAUUCCUGGAAGCACUUAAUUACGUCUGACUCACUUUUAUCGACGUAAUUUGAUCAAAGUGAAACUGAAAGCUAAAUUACAGAGGAGAAAAAUCCCUUAGGUUCAACUUUUUCGAGCUUGGUAGAAGGGUUGAUUGUAGCUUGGUAAGUUUUGUGCAAGUCCUGUUAUUUUGUUAAGGAAACUGCAAUUGACUUUUAACUUAAUUUUGUCUUACAAAAGUAUAAUUUCCUUGCAGACCCUUUCGUCGUGACAAAUCGAGCGAACCGAUCAAGACUACUUGGGAAUUUAUAACUUAGGUAGGCAUUGCAUUAGCUGAAGCUACACUAGAACUCCAAGGUUCCUUUAUCUUAGAAAUGCAAUUGGUUCUUAAUCUUCAGGGUUAAACUUUUGUCAAAGUAUGUUAGUCCGUAUUGUCUAUGAACUUUCACAUCGCAGAGGGUUUUUUCAUCAUCAUGUAGGAUUUCCUUUCCGCCCUUUCACUGAUUUAUUAUGCAUACAUGGUUAUCAUCCCGCUCUGUAUACAUUAAACCUCCAUUAAGUGGCCAGAAAUCAAUGCCCCGAAAUAAUUGUAGUAAAGAAUGGGAAAUUAAACCUCGACUGAGCAGCCACCUCUAUUAUACAGUUGAACCAUCAAGCGGCCAUCCCCCAUUAAGCGGCCAGUAAUCAGAUCAUCAGUAAUCAGUGCCCCGAAAAUUCUCCAGCGCAUAGCAAUCAUGGCUAUUUUAUCGUCGGUCACUUCCUUAUUAAAUAGCCAAACUUCGAAUAAACACUUCGAACUUACAAGGGACAUAUUCAAAAACAAUAUAUUACCUGCCACCGAUUCCUAACGACCUCACUUAGUUACCAGAGGAAAAUCAAGUUGAGGGAAAACUAUCUUUUGUAAUACUACCACUGAAAUUUGUCACCAGUCCGGUUGUCAAGAAAGUCUCAGGGCCGGGUAGGGUAUAUGACAGCACAUCUGCGACAAUAAAAAUUUCACUUUACUUCAAAUCACACACAAAAUGCGAGUCUUGUUGAAGGUCACACAAGAGGCAUAUCCGGCAAAGUAAGUAGAAAAACAGGAAGUGUAAGACCAACUUUCUCACUAAGAUUCUAUCAUGUCAUAAACAGAAUUUGUCAGGGGCACCCAACGACGGUUUUCUCCUAAAUGCAUUGAAAACACUUUUUAGGCUAUACAAAGUACUUUUAGAUCUGUAGAAAUACAUUCUUAUCGGCGCUAGUUUAUAUUUGUUCUGUCAUCCUAGGGCAACUUGAAUCUUUUCGAAAUUGCCAGGGCUUCAGUAUCAUAUUUUCCCGAAAAUGUUAGAGGGUAUUUUAUUAGUUUUACGAAGGUGAGAAUUUUUCUGAUUCCUCUUUCCAUCGCAUUUUCGAAUCCGAAAAUUUUAGGUUUCCUUUUUCUGUGAAAAAAAGCUUAAUCCGGGGAGUGAAAUGCAAAAAAAUAAACUUUAGAAAAUGGUAGAGAAUUUAUUAGAUAAGCUUUGAAAAUUAAACAUGAAUGGAACGGUCAUCUAGAAAUUCUUAGCCUUCCUCAAGGUAUCGAAAACUCUAGGCAAUUUUUGCUUCUCCGAACAGAUAUUUCACAGAAGCAGCCGUUGGGUACCCCUUAUUUGUUAUAUUAAAGAGCUCUUUGUCGACGAAAUUUGAUCAAAGUGAAACUGAAAGCUAAAUUACAAAAGGGAAAAAUCUCUUAGGUUCAACUUUUUCGAGCUUGGUAGAAGGGUUGAUUGUGGUUUUGUACGUUUUGUGCAAGUCCUGUUUUUUUGUGAAGGAAAAUGCAAGUUGACUUUUGACUUAAUUUGGUCUUACAAAAUAUAAUUUCCUUGCAGACCCUUUCGUCGUGACAAAUCGAGCGAACCGAUCAAGACUACUCGAGAAUUUAUAACCGAGGUAGGCAUUGCAUUAGCUGAAGUUACCCUAGAACUCCAAGGUUCCUUUACCUUAGAAAUGCAUUUGGUUCUUAAUCUUCAGGGUUAAACUUUUGUCAAAGUAUGUCUCUGUUUAAUAAGACCGUGUUGUCUAUAAUCUUUCUGUUCGCAGGGGACUUUUUCGGCGACAGUACCUUUCAAUGAUUUAUUAUACAUACAUGGUUAUCAUCCCACUCUAUAUACAGUUAAACCUCCAUAAGCGGCCAGUAAUCAAUGCCCCGAAAUAAUUGUAGUGAAGAAUGGGAAAUUAAACCUCUCUUGAGCGGCCACCUCUAUUAUACAGUUCAACCAUUUUAAGCGGCCAUCCUCCAUUAAGCGGCCAGUAAUCAUAAGUAAUCAAUGCCCCGAAAAUUCUCCAGCGCAUAGCAAUCAUGACUAUUUUAUCGUCGGUCACAUCCUUAUUAAAUAGCCAAACUUCGAAUAAACACUUCGAUCUAACAAGGGACAUAUUUAAAAACAAUAUAUUAUCUGCCCUCUAUUCCUAACGACCACACUUAGUUACCAGAGGAAAAUCAAGUUGGAGGAAAACUAUCUCUCGUAAUACUACCACUGAAAUUUGUCACCAGUCCGGUUGUCAAGAAAGUCUCAGGGCCGGGUAGGGUAUAUGACAGCACAUCUGCGACAAUAAAAAUUCCAUUUUACUUCAAAUCACACACAAAAUGCGAGUCUUGUAAAGGUCACACAAGAGGCAUAUCCGGCAGAGUAAGGAGAAAAACAGGAAGUCUAAGAUCAACUUCCUCACUGGAAGAUUCCAUCAGUCAACAGAAUUUGUUUGUCGACGUAAUUUGAUCAACGUGAAAGUGGAAGCUAAAUUACAAAAGGGAAAAAUCCCUUAGGUUCGAACUUUUUCGAGCUUGGUAGAAGGGUUGAUUGUGGCUUGGUAAGUUUUGUGCAAGUCCUGUUUUUUUUUUUUUAUGGAAAAUGCAAUUGACUUUUAACUUAAUUUUGUCUUACAAAAUACAAUUUCCUUGCAGACACUUUCCUCGUGACAAAUCAAGGAAACCGAUCAAGAAUAACUAAGGUAAGCAUUGCAUUAACUGAAGCUACACUAAAACUCCAAGGUUCCUUUACCUUAGAAAUGCAUUUGGUUCUUAAUCUCCAGGGUUAAACUUUUGUCAAAGUAUGUUUGUCCGUGUUGUCUAUGAUCUUUCAGAUCGCAGAAGAAUUUUUCCGCGAUAUUACCCAUCAUGUAGGAUUUCCUCUCCGCCCUUUCACUGAUUUAUUAUGCAUACAUGGUUAUCAUCCCACUCUGUAUACAGUUGAACCUCCAUUAAGUGGCCACCUAUUAAGCAGCCAUCCUCCAUUAAGCGGCCAGUAAUCAGGGGCACCCAACGAAUGUUUUCUGUAAAAUAUCUGUUCGGAGAAGCAGAUGCUGCCUUGAAUUUUCUAUUGCUUGAGGACGGUUAAAAAUUUCUAGAUGACUGAUUUCCAGUCAUGUACACUUUUCGAAGCUUAUCUAAUUAUUUCCCUACGAUUUUCUGAAGUUUAAUUCUUUACAUUUCACUGCCCAGGUUAGGCUAUUUUUCGUACAAAAAGGAAACCUAAAAUUUCGGAUUCAAAAAUGUGAUGGAGAGAGGAAUCAUAAAAAUUCUCACUUUCGUAAUAAGUUAAAUUGCAGUAGAAUUUUUUUGCAAAAUAAUACUGAAGCCCUUGUAAUUUCUUAAAGACAAAAGUUUCCCUAGGAUGACAUGAACAGGUACAAAUUUUAUAGUGCCCCUUAGAAUGCAUUUCUAGAGAUCUUAAAGUAUUCUGGAUAGCUUAAAAAACCAUUCGAAUGUAUUUAGGAGGAAACCGUUGUUGGGUAAUCAAAGUCCCGAAAUAAUUGUAGAAAAGAGAACACCCGAGCAGCUACCUCUAUUAAGCGAUCGCGGCCACCUUUGUGCCGUUCCAAUAAGAGUUUUCCUAUUUUUCUGAUUUUUCUUACCUCUAUUGAGCGGCCAUAACAAACUAAGGUUAGGUUUAUUUUAAAAAUAUGAUAAAGGAAAAUGGUCCGAGAUAGAAGAGGACGUUCUCCCCGUAUACGUCACUAUAGGGAGCCUGACCCCAUGGGGCUUUUCAUUAUCUGAAUGAAAACCUUCACGUUUAUAAUACAAAUCACAUUCAAUUUUUUAAAGAUGUACCGAGUGAACGAAAAUGGUGUGUUUGCGCGAUGGCGACAUUUGAUUACAACUAGUGGAAUCAUUAGUAAUUUGGGGUUACAUGUAUCAUUCUGAGAAACUGCUGACAGUGGAGCCAGCGCGCGCUACUGGCUACCAAACAAUACUUUAAAACAGCAUAAAGCUUUAAAAAGCGUAACGAUAGAACCCAUCCCCGUCACUAGCCUGCAUAACAGGCGCUUUAUGAGCCAAGCAAGGCGAACGUGGCAUUUUAAGCGAAGCAACUUUUUCUUGGUAGAAGGGUUGAUUGUUUCUUAGGUAAGUUUUGUACAAGUCCUGUUAUUUUGCCAAGGAAAAUAGGAAUUGACUUUUAUACUUAUAAACUUGUCUUACAAAAUAUUAUUUCCUCAUAGACCCUUUCGUCGUGACAAAUCAAGCGAACCGAUCAAGACUACUCGGGAAUUUAUAACCGAGGUAGGCAUUGCAUUAGUUGAAGGUACACUAGAACUCCAAGGUUUCUUUACCCUAGAAAUGCAUUUGGUUCUUUAAUCUCUAGGAACCUUUUGUCAAAGUAUGUCUCUGUGUUGGCUAUGAUCCUUCAGAUCGCAGAGGGUUCAGUUUUUCAUGAUCAUUUAGGAUUUCCUCUCCGCCCUUUCACUGAUUUAUUUUGUAUACAUUAUUACCAUCCCACUCUGUAUACAGUUAAACCUCUAUUGAGCGGUCAGUAAUCAAUGCCCCGAAAUAAUUGUAGUGAAGAAUGGGGAAUUAAACCUCGAUUGAGAGGCCACCUCUGUUAUACAGUCGAAUCAUUUUAAGUGGCCAUCCUCCAUUUAGCGGGCUGUAAUCAUGAGUAAUCAAUGGCCCCAAAUAACUGUGGUAGUAAAGAAUCAUGGGAAAUUAAACCUCUAUUGAGCGACCACCGCUAUUAAGCAAUCGCUGCCACCUUUUUGCCUCUCUAACGAGAGUUGUCCCAUUGUUCUCACCUUUAUUAAGCGGCCAUCAAGCACUUGACGUACUACGAUUGGCUUUAUUUUUAAGAAUACGAUAAAGGAAAACAGUCCGAGAUAGAGGAUGAAUACAAAUAAGAGUGUUGUAGCAAAAUGGCGGAAAGUAUUCCCCAAAACAUCAAUUAAAUUUGAAAAACGCUUUAAACAAAUAUUUUAUCUCCCUGAAAUAGCUAGGCUCUCAUCCUUUCCCUCUCCUCACGAUUUUUUCACCCUUUUCCCAAACAGAGAGCCCGUUCACAGGCUAACAAAAGGGGCAAGGGAUUGGGAGCAAGGAGGGAAGGGAGGAAGGGUUAUUUGAUUCCAUGGGAUUAGUAGAGGAUUAAAACUGGUAAACUACCUUAAUCUCAUGUAAUGCGGAAAUCUGUUGUACCUUGAUAAAAUUAUAAGGGAUGUAGAAAAUAGGGAGGCGUUGAGGGAAAUAUUUGUUUCGUAAUACUACCACUAAAAUUUGUCACCAGUCCGAUUGUCAAGAAAGUCUCAGGGGUAGGGUAUAUGACAGCACAUCUGCGACAAUAAACAUUCCAUUUUACUUCAAAUCACACACAAAAUGCGAGUCUUGUUAAAGGUCACACAAGAGGCAUAUCCGGUAGUCUAAGGAGAAAAACAGGAAGUCUAAGACCAACUUCCUCACUGAAAGAUUCCAUCAGUCUACAGAAUUUGUUGUGACAGCCCUAGUUUGCGAGCCUUUUGUUAUUUCUUUCGAGAAAUAUUAGUUGUAUAUUAGAUUUAAAGUGACUCCUCGUAUUCUUCAUUGGUUUUCAAAUUUUUCCUGGUUGGUUGGAGCUAUUUCUGGAAGCACUUACGGCACUUUUGUUGACGUAAUUUGAUCAAAGUGAAACUGAAAGCUAAAUUACAAAAGGGAAAAAUCCUUUCAACUUUUUCGAGCUUGGCCAGAAGGGUUGAUUGUUGCUUGGUACGUUUUGUGCAAGUCCUGUUAUUUUGUGAAGGAAAAUGCAAUUGACUUUUAACUUAAUUUUGUCUUACAAAAUAUAAUUUCCUCGUAGACCCUUUCGUUGGGACAAAUCAAGCGAAAUAUCAAGACUACUUGGGAAUUAAAAACUAAGGUAGGCAUUGCAUGCAUUAGCUGAAGUUACACUAGAACGUGUUGUCUAUGAUCUUUCAGAUCACAGAGGACUUUUUCAGCGAUAUUACCCGUCAUGUAGGAUUUCCUCUCCGCCCUUUCACUGAUUUAUUAUGCAUACAUGGUUAUCAUCCCACUCUGUAUACAGUAGAACCUCCAUUAAGUGGCCACCUAUUAAGCAGCCAUCCUCCAUUAAGCGGCCAGUAAUCAAUGCCCCGAAAUAAUUGUAGAAAAGAAUGGGAAAUUAAACCUCGAUUGAGCGGCCACCUCUAUUAAGCGAUCGCUUCCAGUUUCAGUGCUGUUCCUAUGAGAGUUUUCCCAUUUUUCUCACCUCUAUUAAGCGGCCAUAAUUAAAAAAUCAAGAUCAUAACCGACUAAGGUUGGCUUUAUUUUAAGAAUAUGAUGAAGGAAAACAGUCCGAGAUAGAAGAGAACGGCCUCCCCGUAUACGCCAUUAUAGGGAGCGUGACCCGACCGGAGGAUUUUCGAAACCCUCAAGUUUCUUCUAUAGAUGACAUUCCAUUAUUCAGGAUGUACCGAGUGAUGCGAAUUUCAUUAUUCUUUAACCGAAAGAAAACAUAGAAUCGUGAUUUUCAUGACUCUUUGGCCUGCUGCAGCCAGUAUAAAACCAGAUUUUUGCUUCCUCCUAUUGCUCCUAACGCUGAUCAUUAAAAAUACGGUGCAUUUGGGAGAUGGCGACAUUUGAUUACAACUAGUGGUAUCCUUCAGUUAGCUUGCGAGCAAGCUCUCCUAUUUGGGCAAGCGAAGUGAGCCUCGCGAGAACGCGCGAGCGAGGGGCCGUCGCGGCUUCGCCUCUUGCUCGCGCGUUAUCGCGAGACUCGCUUCACUCGCCCUAAUAGGAGAGUUUGCUCGCAGGCUAUCCUUCAGUAAUUUGGGGUUACGUUUAUCUGAGGAACUGCUCCCAGUGGAGCCAGCGCGCGCUACUGGCUACCAAAUAAUACUUUAAGGCAACAUAAAGCUUUAAAGCGUAACGCUAGAACCCAUCCCCGUUCUCGUCACACAUCUUCUUCUUCGGUUUUGAUCCGAACAGAACCACAAAUAAGUUCCCACCUCGGGGGUAGAAAAAACCCGAGCUGUUUACUUACUGAUGAGCACGGAAAGUGGAAAUUUGUCUGACUGCGUAGCAGGCGUCAACAGGGAUUAGGGAUUCGAAGAGGGGAGGGAGGGGUGGGGAAUUUGAUACCAGGGGAUUAGUAGACGAUUGAAACAAACUGCCUCAAUCUCAUGUAAUACGGAAAUCAUAAUACAUUGAUAAAAUUAUAGUGGACAUAGAAAAUUGGAAGGAGUUUUGAAGGAAAACUGUAUUUCGUGCGGACAUUACAACUGAAAUUUGUCACCAGUCCGGUUGUUAAGCAAGUUCCAGGGUAGGGCGUAUGACAGCACAACUGCGACAAUUGAAGUUCCAGUCUUAUUUUUUUUCACCUCAAAUCAAACACUAAGUGUAUUUGAGCCUCGUUAGAAGAAUAGAAGGUCACUCAUCACAAAGCAUAUCCGGCAGUAUUCGGAGAAAAAAUAGGAAGUUUCAGACCAACUGUUCGGAAGUUAGCCAAACGCGGUCAUUGCACGCGUGCUGAACAAGAAUGUUGUAUCAUGACAGACUAAACUCCCAAAGCACAAACUUAGCCAAAACGCUAAAAAUCUUCAAUGUUUACUCAAGUUUGGGCUUAUAGAACAUAAUGUCACAGUUUUUCAAUGAUCACGAAAUUCAGAAUUCGGGUAGUUAGUCAAUCGUUAAUCAAUUGUGGCCAUGAAAAAUUUGAAGGAAAAAAAACUACGAAUUUUUAAGAAAAUGCUUUUUUCGUGAGAAGGACUCUUAAACGCUGACAAAAGUCAACAACUAGCUAAAACUAUAAUUUGUAUAUGUUUGCAUUGCUCGAAAUCGCGCGCAUUUACAACACCCUAAAGUUUUUUGCUGACUUGCACGGACCCAUCUGUUAUAAAGAUCCCCAAAAUAAAGGGAUAAAUCUCAUAGUUUAUGAGAUACUAUCGUGUAAAGUUGGCUCUUCAUUUACGCAUAAAUUAGGACCUAAAUUUGGAAACCGCUGAAUUUCUCGCAUUGGGUCUUUGCGACUUUGGUGAAAGUCUGUUCAACGCAAGGCACUAAUACGCACUAUAUGUAGCCGAGAGAUUUUCACCAAAAAAUACCGGCAACAGCAGAAUUUCGACUCAGACCCCAAAGAGGUGUGGCACUAUAACCACGUGACAUUUGCUCUGAUCGCCCAAAAUUUUUCUAUAUUGUAGAUUGAUCUAUAUGUUAUCCAUGCUAUAUGUUAGACUUACGAUCAAAGUAAAGGUGGGGAUACCAGAGAGCUUCGAAGUGGGAUGGUACCCUCACAAAAUAACUGGGUGGAGUCACCUUAAGUUUCCUUUUUCCCGCCGAAACUGACGUUCUCGUUCCAGUCUUUUCCCAGUCAACAGACGUCGUCGUCGUGAAAUUCGUCGUGGUUCUUAAGUUCCCUAUUACCGGUUCCUCGUCCCUAGAGUUGCUAUUGUCGUACCUACCAAAGAAAUUAUAAGAAAUUGUUGACCCUUUCGUCGGGACAAAUCAAGCGAACUAUCAAAACUACUUGGGAAUUUCUAAAUAAGGUAGGCAUUGUAUUAGCUGAAGUUACACUAGAACUCCAAGGUUCCUUUACCGUAAAUAUGCAUUAUAACGGAGCUCCACGCGUACGAGCGUAGCCCCAUACCUAAACUAAAAAAAGUGUGGUAAUCUACUUACUCCAGCUGUUACCCGAGAAGUUUUGGUAAUCACGUAACCGUACGCUCGCCCGUCCCACAGGCAUACCAACGUAAAAUAACUGAAUCAACAGGUAAUAUAGAGAUUUACCCAGGGCUAAAAGAAAAGCUUUGGUUAAUAAUACUUAUAAACAAAAAAAAUUAAAUCGUGUAAUGUUCAACGGCGACGGCAAUGAAAAUGGCAUCAAGAUCAAUAGAUCUAACAAGAAUCGCCAAAAGGUGAUUUUUACUGAGCUGCCAAUUUAGCGGGGUGGGUGGCUGCACACUUAGUCCACCAGGCUUGUCGCUGACCAUUGCGUGACGUAGCAUCUCAUGUGAGAGUUAAACAGUUACUCAUUUGAACAUUGUACCCUUUUGGAAGACUUUCGUAACAAGAAAAAUGAGUACCAUUUUUAAGUAGGGGCUGUAUAGUACCUUUUCAAAUUCCACCAUUAUGAAGAAAAAUAAGGAAGUGAGCCAUUGAUUCUAAGCAGGAAACAAUAAGCGUCAUUUUCACGCACCCCUCCCUCAAUCUCUCUGCUCCCCAAAAUAUUGCUGGUUUUUAGUGUCACGCCAUUCAAAAUAGAUCAAAAUAAAAAUCAAAACCGUUCAAUAGAUAAAGUCCAGAAUCUGCCAAAUGAAAGGAGGUACAUAUACAAAGACCCUCGCCAAGAUGCAGGUCAGAGGAAUAUUUCGCAUACGAGAUAUCCGAAGAAAUGUUUUACCCGGCAAACUUAUAGAGAUUUGUAUGGAGACGCCAUGCUGGUACUCACCUGGAUGAGCUCCAACAUGGCGGACGGAAACCAACAGAAACAUCUGUUACCGAGUUUUGCUACAAAAGCGUGAAUCUAUUCUUCGAGAAACUCAUAAACAUUAAAGUAAUAUUUUUUUCUAAUACAUGAACUGUUUAGAUAGCAAAAUUUCCUGAAAUAAGUCAUUUAUUUAACCUACAUGACAGCUCUCUUGGCCGCGUCAUGUAAAUGCCGCGCCACGCAAAAGCUUAGAAAUUCAAGCGUACUCUAUCACAAAACCAAGAACCCUUUUGAAGCGAAAAUUUGUAUGAAAAUCAGUUUUCAGCUGCUCUAAUGCAUCGUGAAAGUAAAAUCUUGGUAGGAUCAAUAGUUUUUUAGUUUGAAUUUUAGUGACGUCAUGUGAAAACCAACAAUAGUGUGACUAAUUUGACCUAACCGGAAAUUCCAAAAACUAUUGUCGUUACGGGUCAAAACGGCUGUUAAUAACAAGCAGUAAAUUUCUCAAUUCUGGUUCUUAAGACUAACAAAGCAAAUUAAAUUUAAGUUUUGGUUUUGUCUGAUAUUGCGUUAUAAAGCCUCUCUAACUGUCCUAGUGAAUAUAUAUAAUAUUUUUUUGACGCAGUGAUAAACAAUGAGCACAUUCCCCAAGACAUUCACUUCCUGUAAGGAAUGCGGACUAUUCAUACGCAAAGCAAGAAUCACAAUAACAUAAAAAGAGACAUUGGCCGUCACAUCUACUUUAUGGAAGAUAAUUUAUUGUAUGCAAUUUCUAAGUUACGUCAUGUGUUGUUCAAUGUUGUUACUAAAGUUCUUCGUACAUGUCGUAUAUUCUAAGUACCAUAGUGCACACAGCGAGCAUAGAGAUCAGAGAAUGCGUCAAGUGGUCGCUUUCAAGAGCUUAAAAACAAUGGAAAAUCAUUAAACUUUCAGGCCCAAAAAGUGGUCGCGAUCGCUUACAAGAGGUGGUCGUUUACUGGAGGUUCCAACUGUAAGGCUUUGACUGGGAAAGUUUUGGUGCAUGAGUUUUGGAUUGGCGGUCUCUUAUGGGAGGUGGUCCCACAUGGAGGUUCGACUGUAUCAUCAACUGACGUAACACAACUCACUUUGACUCUGACGAUGAUUACCGCGCGUCAGUCAAUGUCAAUGCAACAGUCCUAUUUAGUACUACGUCAGCCCUUGGACGAUCAUGCUCAUCCUACUUAUAGAUCUACUUAAGAAAAUAGGAGGGGAAAAAGGAAAAUUCCUCAGGUUUUUACACCGAGUUGGACUUGAGCUGGAACCAUCUGUGGAACUCAUUACAGUUUUUUGAAAACCCACAAGCUUAAAAUACCUGUAACGUUGUCAGUGUUUUGGUGGCAAAGAAAUAGGUUUUCUUUUCAGUUGCUAAACACUUGUAUUCCGCUACCUAGAGAUGUUAACCCUUAGAAAUAAGUUCACUUUCCCAAAUUUGAAUUUUCUGAAAUGUUUCCGCUGGCCCGGUUUGUAGUUUGUUGACAACAAAUUUAUUUUUUCAGUGAAAGGUAGAUGAAUGUAUAAUGAGUAGAUAGACAAUUUUUAUCAUAUAAACACCAAUGAAAUACCAAGUGAGCUUUCGCGCGAAAACUUGAUAUUUUCACAUGUGAAAAUAACAUGUUAUCUUCACAUAUGAUAUUCAUGACUAUGACACUAGGUCUAAGGAUAGUUAUCUAUUGAUAAAGUCAAUCUCGAGUUGACUAAGAGGGCCUUUUUUUAUAAGGGGGCUACCCUUUUUAAUGAUUGUAUGUAGCUUUGUUCAUUAGGAGGCUACUUUUUUUCGUUGAUUAUAAUUAUGUAAUGUAUCCCAGUUUCAUAUAUAAUUAAUGUUUUUUAUCUUUUUAUUCAUUUAUUUUUAUACAGGACCCAUAUUGAUAGCAGUUUUUAUAACUGAAAUGGUCAUCCUGUUUAAACAUGUUAUUAUUAUUAUUAUUAUUACAUGUGAAAAUGUCAUCGUUGCUAUAGCUUCAUAAUAAACCGCACCUUUGAGACUAAAAAACUAUUUAAGUAAAAUGGUUGGUAUUUCAUUGGUGUUUAUAUUUAAAAAUAGAACAUUACAUGGUCGCUUGGAGAUACGAAAUUUCACUUCUCGUGUUGAAAAAAAUAUUCACGAGUGAGCGCAGCGAACGAGUGAAAUAUUUUUCAACACUCGAAAGAAAAUUUUCCCAUCUCCGCGCGGCCAUAUAAUAUCCUCUAUAUAUACGCCAUGUUUAAACAAUGGUAAAUCUGUUUCUUUGUUGUUGUUGUUUUUUUAAUUUCAAUCAUUGUCACCAAACGACUGUUGAUAUUUUCUUUAUUUAGAGAAGGCCCCAGUCCAUCAAGUCAUAUUAUACAACGAUGAAAAACACGUAGAAGGAUCCCUUUUUGAGGCAAAUCAAAUGCGACUGUGAUAGACAAAAACGAUUAGUAAAGGAGCUAAUAAAUAAGAUUUUACUGCAGCUUUUAAUUUUACUUUUCAGACCCUCUUAGGUAUCGUACAUAAAGAGAAAUGGUGUCGGCAGAAAAAAGAAACCACAAUAUGUAUAUACAUUUUUUUUUUCAGAAGAGCUGAAAUAGCAAAGCCAGCAAAAAAUAUGGGAAACGGAGCUAUUAAUGGUAAUAUUGGCGACCCCUUUGUCAACUUUAAAGAUUUCCAGCACGCCCUAGGCAUCGCCUAUUCCACUCUGGGAGAUUUCCGGAAAGCCAAAGAGUACCAUGAACGACACCUCAAAAUUUCGAGAGAAGUGGGAGACAGGGCAGGAGAAGGAAUAGCGUACUGUAAUCUUGGCAACGCCUAUUACAGUCUUGGAGAUUUCCAGAAAGCCAUAGAGUACCAUGAACGACGCCUCAAAAUUUCGAAAGAAGUGGGAGACAGGGCAGGAGAAGGAGGAGCGUACGGUAAUCUUGGCAUCGCCUACGGAAAUCUUGGAUAUUUUCAGAAAGCCAUAGAGUACCAUGAACGACACCUCAAAAUUUCGAGAGAAGUGGGAGACAGGGCAGGAGAAGGAGGAGCGUACGGUAAUCUUGGCAACGCCUAUCACGGUCUUGGAGAUUUCCAGAAAGCCAUAGAGUACCAUGAACGACGCCUCAAAAUUUCGAAAGAAGUGGGAGACUGGGCAGGAGAAGGAGGAGCGUACGGUAAUCUUGGCAUCGCCUACAGAAAUCUUGGAUAUUUUCAGAAAGCCAUAGAGUACCAUGAACGACACCUCAAAAUUUCGAAAGAAGUGGGAGACAGGGCAGGAGAAGGAGGAGCGUACGGUAAUCUUGGCAACGCCUAUGACAGUCUUGGAGAUUUCCAGAAAGCCAUAGAGUACCAUAAACGACACCUAAAAAAUUCGAAAGAAGUGGGAGACAGGGCAGGAGAAGGAAAAGCGUACAGUAAUCUUGGCAACGCCUGUUACAGUCUUGGAGAUUUCCAGAAAGCCAUAGAGUGCCAUGAACGACACCUCAAAAUUUCGAAAGAAGUGGGAGACAGGGCAGGAGAAGGAAAAGCAUACGGUAAUCUUGGCAACGCCUAUGACAGUGUUGGAGAUUUCCAGAAAGCCAUAGAGUACCAUGAACGAGACCUCAAAAUUUCGAAAGAAGUGGGAGACAGGGCAGGAGAAGGAAAAGCGUACGGUAAUCUUGGCAACGCCUAUGACAGUCUUGGAGAUUUCCAGAAAGCCAUAGCGCACCAUGAACGACACCUCAAAAUUUCGAAAGAAGUCGGAGGCAGGGCAGGAGAAGGAAAGGCGUACGGUAAUCUUGGCAACGCUUAUAACAGUCUUGGAGAUUUCCAGAAAGCUAUAGAGUACCAUGAACGAGACCUCAAAAUUUCGAAAGAAGUGGGAGACAGGGCAGGAGAAGGAAAAGCGUACGGUAAUCUUGGCAACGCCUAUUACAGUGUUGGAGAUUUCCAGAAAGCCAUAGAGUACCAUGAACGACACCUCAAAAUUUUGAAAGAAGUGGGUGACAGGGCAGGAGAAGGAAUAGCGUACGGCAAUCUUGGCAACGCCUAUUACAGUGUUGGAGAUUUCCAGAAAGCCAUAGAGUACCAAGAACGAGACCUCAAAAUUUCGAAAGAAGUGGGAGACAGGGCAGGAGAAGGAAAGGCGUACGGUAAUCUUGGCAACGCCUAUCACAGUCUUGGAGAUUUCCAGAAAGCCGUUCAGUGUUACAAGAACAGUGUUAUAGCCUUCGACUACAUUAGGAGAAAUCUCAUAUCUAACGACGAAUGGAAGAUUACCCUUAAAAGUACGUAUGAUCGUGUUAAUUUGAGGCUGUGGGAGCUGCAAUUUAAGGAAGGUAAGGUCAUUGAGGCACUUUUAACUGCUGAUCAAGGACGUGCACGAGCUUUAAAUGAUCUUCUGGAGUCCAAGUAUGGCCUUAAAGGGCUACGACCAGAAAUAGGAACACUUUCUGCAACACCAAGUGACUUUGCUAUUUACUUACCACCAAAUACAGUUUUCAUGGGUAUCAGCGAGGGAGGAAUAGUUCUCUGGGUGACCGAGAAAGGAAAUGAAAUCAAAACUAGGAGAACUGAGAUUGAUAUGUCCGUCACAACCUAUUUUCAGUCUCUACUUAAGGCUACACAUACAGAAAUACGUGUAAGAGCUGAUGUUGAUUGUGAAGAUCGCUCAUUAAGUAACCCAAGCGAUAAGAAGUUAGCAAAAAAAAAAAAAUCAAGUAAGCUAAAGUCUCAUCUUUCAUAUUUUGACACAAAGUCAUUACAAACAUUUUACAAUGUUGUCAUAGACCCUAUAAGAGACUUAAUCCAGGGCGAUGAGGUUGUGAUUGUUCCACAAGGACCUUUGUGUUUGGCGCCUUAUGCUGCUUUCAUGGACUUGAAAUCAAAGUACCUCUCUGAAACGUUUAGAAUUCGUCUGCUCCCCUCGCUUUCUAGCCUGCAAUUGAUCCAAAAUUGUUCAGCAGAUUGGCACAGCCAAACCGGCGCUCUUCUCGUCGGCGAUCCGUGGGUACAGGAGGUAACGACGCUAGAGCAGUUAGAGUGGGCCGAAAAAGAAGUGCAGAUGAUUGGGGAAAUACUGCAAACGGAACCUCUCGUUGGAACGAAGGCAACAAAAGAUGAAGUUUUGAGACGUAUUUCCUCGGUUGCUUUGGUGCACAUUGCUGCUCACGGUAAAAUGGAAACAGGAGAAAUUGUCUUGGCCCCUAACACAACACGUUCAUCCGUGAAUCCAGUCAGGGAGGACUAUCUCUUAACUAUGAAAGAUGUUUUAAAGGCGCAGACCAGGGCAAGACUUGUUGUACUUAGCUGUUGUCAUAGUGCUCGAGGAGAAGUCAAAUCUGAGGGUGUAGUCGGCAUCGCACGGGCUUUUUUGGGUGCUGGUGCUCGUGCUGUUCUGGUGUCUCUGUGGGCGAUCGACGACGAAGCUACUAUGGAGUUCAUGAAAUUUUUCUACCAAGAACUAGUCCAUGGACGAAGUGCCAGUGAGGCCCUGAAUAAAGCCAUGAAAUCCAUGAGAGAAUCUGACGAUUUUAACGCAGUGAGGUACUGGGCGCCUUUUGUUCUCAUUGGUGAUGACGUAACCCUCGAGUUUGAAGGCACCAAUUAA